AUGAGCGAGGAGAUGCAGCAGGAGAGCGUAGAUAUCGCGUCUGUAGCCCUCGAAAAGUACAACAUCGAGAAAGACAUCGCUGCUCAGAUCAAGAAGGAGUUCGACAGACGCCACGGCCCUACAUGGCAUGUCGUCGUCGGAAAAAAUUUCGGCAGCUAUGUCACCCAUGAAACGAAACACUUCAUAUAUUUCUAUGUUGGAUCGCUUGCAAUUUUGAUCUGGAAGUCAUGA